UUUCGUUAACAACAAAACACAAAGUUCUUUUUCUAAAGUGGGAAAAAUAUGGAUACAAUGCUUGCAAGAACCAACAAAAUCUUGUUCCUUUAUUUUCUUCUCCUCACAAGUGCAUUAUUCCUUGCAACAUGUCAUGAAGUUGAUGAUGAAAGUGAAUUUAGUUAUGAUGGAGAAAGUGAGAAUGGACCAGCACAUUGGGGUGAAAUUCAUCCAGAAUGGAAAAUGUGUAAUUCUGGAAAAUUGCAAUCUCCAAUUGAUCUUUUGAAUGAGAGAGUUGAAGUUGUUUCUCAUUUGGGAAGACUUAAAAGAAGCUACAAAGCAUCAUCCUAUGCUACUCUUUUGAAUAGAGGACAUGAUAUGAUGUUAAGAUGGGAAGGUGGAGCUGGACAUAUUGCGAUUAAUGGAACUAAAUAUCAACUUAAUCAGGCUCAUUGGCAUUCACCUUCUGAACAUACUAUCAAUGGAAGAAGAUUUGAUUUGGAGGUUCAUUUGGUUCAUGAAAGUGAGGAUGGAAAAGUUGCAGUUAUUGGAAUAAUGUACAAGAUUGGAAGAGCUGAUUCCUUCUUGUCUAAGAUCGAGGGUGAUUUAAAAGCUCUAGCACAUACAAAAGGUGUGGAGAGAAAGAUAGGAGUAAUUGAUCCAAAACAAAUAAAGUUGGGUAGCAGAAAAUAUUAUAGGUAUAUUGGCUCGUUGACUGUUCCUCCUUGCACUCAAGAUGUCGUCUGGACUAUUGUAAGAAAGGUGAGAACUGUCACAAGAGAACAAAUGAAGCUAAUCCGCGAGGCUGUUCAUGAUGAAUCUGAUACAAAUUCCAGACCAGUCCAAGCAGCAAACAAACGACCUAUCCGACUCUAUAGACCAAAUGAUCCUAAAGAAUAAUUGAAAUCAUUCUACAAUUAUGAUUUUGUUUAUAUUACAGGAAAAAUGAGUUCAGUAUAUGAGCUAGAAAUGGCCUUAUAGCAUUAAUGGCUGUUGCCCUCCAUUUAUUUUCCUAACAUGACAGGAAUUGUUUCCACUACAUAGUAUAUUUCUUUGUUGUAUUAAUUAUUGGUCAUUCAAUAUGAAAUUGUAGCAAAAUAAUUGAAGGCAUUUAGUUCUUUGUAAAUUGUA